AUGGCCGACGUCGCUACCUACAUCGAUGAGGAGAAAGACCUGGCGAUGACCCCGCGCACUUUGUCCCCGGAAAAUAACGACGGUGAGGUGGUCAUCCCCGGGCAGAAAUUGCCCGGGUUUUGGUGGCAGCGUUGGGGACAAGGAUUGAAUCUGAAGGAUCAAUUCGCUCAUGAAGAGCAUCAAGCGGUGAAGUACAAAGUCCUGGAAUGGUGGCAGGUCGGAGCGUUGAUGAUCGCGGAAACGAUUUCGUUAGGCAUUCUAUCGCUGCCACAAGCCGUAGCCGCUCUUGGCAUGAUUCCAGGCCUGGUCUUCAUCUUCGUUAUGGGAGGACUGGCCUGGAUCACAGGCAAUGAAUACGGCAAACUGAAACUCAAGUACCCAGGCAUCUGCGACGUGGCUGACUCUGGAUACAUGCUAUUUGGGCGAUUCGGAUGGUACCUUUUCUCGAUCGCUCAACUGGUGGUCUUCGUGUUCAUCAUGGCGGCACAUAUCACAUCCUUCUCGAUCAUGAUGAAUGUUGUCACAGAGCACGGAGCUUGCUCGAUUCUGUUUGCUCUGACGGGCUUCGGGGUCUCUUUUAUCCUGGCUCUUCCACGGACGCUGAAGUCGCAAUCGAUCUUCUCCUUCGUGUCAUGCGUAUCCGUCACCGCCGCUGUGAUUAUCACCAUGAUCAGCGUCGGGGUGACCAAACCAAAUCCGAACAAUUUCCAGUGGGCCAACACGGCCAGCGACUUUCCGCAUGCCAUGGUUGCACUGCUGAACAUCAUCAUGGCAUAUUCAGGACAUGUUGCCUACUUUGGCUUUACCUCCGAAUUGAGGGAGCCAAAGGAUUUUUGGAAGUCCUUGACUAUGUUACUGGGCAGUUCGUCGGUAUUAUAUAUCGUGACUGGCUGCGUAAUAUAUUAUUAUGUCGGAACGGGAGUGCCAUCCCCAGCUCUGGGGGCUGCGUCUCCGCUUGUCCGCAAGAUUGCAUAUGGAAUCGCCGUCCCGACCAUUGUCGUUGCCGGCGUUAUCAAUGGGCAUGUUGCAUCGAAGCACGUUUACCUUCGAGUUUGGCGCGAAACCAGCGUCCCGCAUGAGAGGACUUUCAAGUCAUGGUCGAGCUGGGUCGGGAUCGUCUUUGCUCUUUGGGUGCUGGCAUGGAUCAUUGCAGAAGCAAUCCCGAACUUCCAUCACCUCCUAGCGCUCGUGAGCGCAUUGUUCUGCGGAUGGUUCAGUUUCGGUAUCACCGGGUUCUUCUACCUGUACCGUAACUGGGAAGACAUCAGGCAAGGCAAAAGGAAGCUGGGGGUGGUGUUCAACAUCGGAAUCGUCAUUAUGGGUUUCUUGAUCUGCAUUCUCGGUCUUUAUGCAUCCAUAACAACUCUGAGCCAAGGCGAGGGUGGAUCGCCUUUCUCCUGUGCGGACAACGCUGAUGAAUAGGGGGCCUAAGAGGGGUCCUCGUCGCCACGAGAGGCGUGGGAGCUGACUGCUCGAUUCCGAUUUGCUUUGAUGCAGCGUUUAGCGAUGAUACCCUAUGUGUCGAUUAGGAAUGGCUCGUCCUGUGAUCCGGGUGGUCACACGGGAGAAGCUCAUGUACAUCCGGCGAAGUAGAUCUUCAAUUUAGCCGAUAUGAAAGGGAAAAUAGACAAUCGUCGAGAGUAUGUCAACGUCCGUGAUCAGGUUCCUGCCCAACGAUAUCAUUUCCUGGCUCUUAUCACAAACUCGUGUCUUCUCAAUGGUCCUUGACGACCGCAGAAGAUGGCCGUGGGUAGGGAAUGACAAUCUGUUCGAGACUUAAGGAUACAUAAUUACACGGGUCAUGUCUCUAAAGGGAUGGUAAGAAUUCCCAAGAUAUUGAAGCCGAGGUCUGGUACCUGGAGCAAUGCAAGGUUCGAG